CCGCCCGUACCUGGCCUCCGCCGCCGCCACGGGCCGCCUAGGGGACCGCCUACCCCCUAGGCGCCGCGGUACCCCGCCGCCCAGGGCAUAAGCGUGCCUAGGCGGCCGCGGAAUCUCGCCUUGUUUUUCAUUGCCGACUGCGCUGCUGAGGUGACCCUGGAGCAGAAGCGGGCGCGGUCCGUCCAGCUCCAGCUGCUGAUGCAACGCCAGACAAUGGAUGCCUCAGCACCAGAAAUAGAAGGCUGGACUUGUCAAAAAGGAGAUUGUGUUCAAGAUGGCAGAAGGAGCGAAUCAGAGCCGAUACUCCCAGAGGAUAUACUUUGUCAGAUACACACUCUCAUGCCAAUGAGAGAUGCUGCCCUUGCUUCUGGUGUGUCUUGGGGAUUCCUCCGUUCUUGGGGAUGCUAUCCUUAUCUCGUAUUUGAUAUUAAAACACUUGGCAUAAAUGAAGAUGCACGUAACAUGGAUGAAAUAACAAGUGAUUUUAUUAGUAGAGUUGAUCACAUUGUGACGAAACACACUGGCAUCGGUGUGAAAACAUUUAAGCUUCAGACCUACCCUUGUGACAAUGUGCAUCCGAGUUAUGUUGACCGCUGGCUUAAUGUUGCUAUUACACCCGGGAUUGAAGAAUUUGAAUUACAAAUGCCUUGGCGCAACAAGAUUGAGUACAACUUCCCAUGUUCACUGUUAUCCACUGAGAGGGGAAGGUUAAUGCGGUCCCUUUUCCUUGAUCAUUGUGCUUUCCAUCCUGGAGUUGAAGUUGGUUGCUUAAGUAGCUUGACAAGUGUGCAUCUAAGUUCAGUCCACAUUACCGGGGAGGAGCUAUGUAGCUUUCUGUCCAAAUCUUUGGCAUUGAAGCAAUUGGACAUUUAUAAAUGCAGUGAUAUAGUUUGUUUGAAGAUACCUUAUGUGCUGGUGCAGCUUACUUUCCUACAGGUGCAAGGUUGUGUGAUGCUUGAGAUGAUUGAAAGCAAUGCUCCAAAUCUAUCUCAGUUCAAGUAUAUAGGCCACCCAAUACACAUGUCACUUGGAAAUGCAUUGCAACUGAGCCAUAUGCAAAUGAUGAGUACUAGUGAGUCUAACAUGCUGUAUUGCACCGGAACCAAGCUUCCAUCCAUUGCACCAAAUCUGCAAACUCUUUGUCUGACAUCCCGUGAUGAGAAAGUCAACACACCAAUGUUGGUUGGGAAGUUCUUUUACCUCAAGCACCUAGAGGUUGCGCUUAUUGAACCAAGCCUUUCCCCAGACUACGAUUUUUGUUCUCUAGUCUCUUUUCUGAGUGGUUCACCUGCCUUGGAUACUUUUAUCUUGCGUGUAGAGCUACCAACCAUCAGGCACGAUUCAGUUCUUGAAUAUUCUGAUUAUAACUCAUACUCAAGGCACCUUUUGCAACACAGCCAUGAGAACCUAAAAAAUGUCAUGAUCACUGGCUUUUGUUCUGCAAAGAGCAUGGUUGAGUUUACAAAUCUUAUUAUUGAGCUUGCACCAAUACUGGAGUGCCUCACAUUAGACACUAGCCGUGGCCAUGAAAGAAAGAUACACAAGUCGACAAUGUGUCUCCAUAUGUUUGAGGAGGAUCUCGUGGAAGCCCAAAGAGCUCGUUUGGCUAUUGAGCGGCAUGUGGUGGGGAAUGUACCAUCAACUGUUAGCCUGAAACUCAUUGAACCCUGCAGCAAGUGUCUAUCCUAACUAGUUGUGUAUUUGGGUAUAAUGUACAUGGUUCUUAAACUUAUCUGAGGUGCCAUCCGGGUCCUUGUAAGUUUGAAAUGUAGAUAUGAGACUCAGAACUUGUUAGCUGUGCCACAAGAUUUGAAUUUCCUUAAUUAAUAUAUGAACUUGUGUAUGUUGUGUAUUCGAAUAUCCUUAAUUAAUAUGAACUUGUGUAUGCUGCGUGCCUGCAGAACUACCAAACUGCAUGGACACUGCUAAGUGCAUGCCCAUAGUUAGGUACAUUGUUAACUGAGAGUUCAAGUUCAAUUCAUAAAAGGGGCGUCGGAAUGAUGACGGGCAGGGUGAGAUCGACACCAUGUAAAUCAUCUGUUCGGGUCCGCUGUUUCAGUGCUUUUGUGCCUGGUAACGCGUUAACGGGUACAGGCUGUGAGAGGGUGUGUGACCCGCUCCUGCCUGUGUGUGAGUGGUGAGCGAGGGGUCCAACUGGGUUCCCAUCCAUCCAUCCCAUUCCAACCCUUUUGUCUUCGUUUUCAUUGCCGACACUGGGAGCUGAAGAGGCGGUGGCGAUUUAGGGAUCUCGUCCUCGAAUUGGCGACCACUGACGGCGAAUUGAUCCACUAUUUUUGCUAUGAUGAAUGAAGCCACAAACCUGCCUCGGGAGCUGAGCUGGAGAAGAAAUUUAGAACCUGAGAUUGGUGAGGAAAGUUCAGAUCAGCUGGAUCACCACUCAAUCCUCCCCCUUCUUCAUUGAGUUGCAUUUUUUAGGGCAAAUUACCUGCAUAAAAAAUUUAUCUGACUACCCUCAUAUAGGAUGGCCCCAUAAUUUCGGUUUCAAUUGUAAAUUCUUAUUUCCCACAUUCGGGAGCCUGGAUUUUCAAUAUUUAGGGAUAUGGAAAAAGGGCAAUUUUUCUAUAAAUCCAGUUUUCAGCUUGAGUUACUUUUGCUCUGUUCUGUUUUGUUUUAUGAUAGGCACUAAGGCCCUCGUUUUUCUAGCAGAAUGUUAAAAUCUCGUGUAAUCUGGAGUUGUUUUGUGUUGUGAUCCUUAUAGGAAGCCCGUGUUCAUCUGCCCUGACAUAUUGCAGCUGCGAUAUUUCUUGUUUCAUGUGGCAUCUGUAAAGAAUGAAAGCACAAAUGGCCGCUACAAGAACACAUCAUUUAUGUGUGCUGGUGUUACAACCCAGACCUGAUGAUUGAAGAGAACUCCAUUUAUUUGAUAUUUUCAAACUGGUUGCUGAUGUAUCUUUCAGAUGAGAUUGACAGACUAGUAGAAAGAAUGGUAAAAUGGCUGAAGGUUGGUGGCUAUGGCUAAAUCUUCUUUAGGGAAUCUUGCUUCGCGGACAACAGGAUGUUUUCAUUACUACAGGUGGAUCUUAUUAUUAGAUUGCUGGAGGCCAAGGGUUACUAUGCUUGCACAUUUCAAUGGACUGGUAGAUAUCAUUGCUUCUUGCUUUACUGGUAGUAACUGCUGUAGGUGAUCGAUCUAUACAUAAGAACAAAUUUUAGUAACUUUUAUUCUUAAUGUUUGUACAAAUCAGAAUAUGAGGCGUAUAUUGUUUAAAAUCAUGGAAUUCUAUUUUUCA